AUGGAUUAUCCCAAAAUGGAUUAUUUUCUGGAUGUCGAGUCUGCUCACAGACUCUUGGAUGUCGAGUCAGCUCAGAGAUUCUUCUACAGUCAAGGAGCUCAAGCUCGCCGGGCGACCCUGCUCCUGCCUCCCACAUUAAUGGCGGCAUCUUCGGAGGACGACAUCGACCGACGGCCCAUCCGGAGAGUGCGCUCCAAGAGCGACACGCCCUACCUCGCCGAGGCCAGGAUCUCCUUCAACCUCGGGGCGGGUUGCCUUAAAAUUCAACGUAGGAAAAUUAAAUACUCGAAGAACCAAGUAAAAGAAAGCUUAGAGAUGACCUACUCUAAUACAUCUUGUGAAUGA